CGAGCUUGGGCUGCACAUCUUAGAGGGUUGGUGCGAGUUGGGAAACAAGCAGGGAAAACUGUCCAGCCAGCAGUGUUACAAACGUGCCGGGGGAUCAGAGAGAACAGCAUGACUGAGCAUCGGCCGAUGGCACGGGAGGACUUGAUUUGGGGCCAGCGAUGUAGCUCUGGCCCUUUGCAUCUUCCUGUGGUACCUGCUGCCUAGGAUACUGCUGGGGGUACCUACGUGAUGGGGAGCAGUCUCGUGGGAAUAAUGAUGACUUGUUGGCUGUGAGGCUUGGAGAGACGCAGCACCUGAGAUGGGGCUGUGCUGCUGCAAAGACUGGAAAGGCCGCUCUCAGGAGCCCAAAGGUGGUGCGGGAGACCGAGAAAAGAUGCCUGUCAAUCACGAAGCCUUCCUGCUCAUGGCUAAUUCCCAGAAUGAGAUGGAAGAUUGGGUGAAAGCCAUCCGACGGGUCAUAUGGGCUCCCUUUGGUGGAGGUAUUGCACAUAGCUCACAUGCACAUAAAUUAAAACUGUUGCCUCAAGGGAUCUUCGGGCAGCGAUUGGAAGACACGGUGCAAUACGAGCGGAAGUAUGGCCUGCGGCUGGCCCCACUGCUGGUGGAGCAAUGUGUGGAUUUUAUCCGGGAGCGAGGCCUCACCGAAGAAGGGCUCUUUCGCAUGCCUGGUCAAGCCAACCUUGUCAAGGACCUGCAGGAUUCAUUUGAUUGUGGAGAGAAGCCCCUCUUUGACAGCAACACGGAUGUUCACACCGUGGCGUCCCUCCUGAAGCUUUAUCUCCGAGAGCUGCCAGAGCCCGUCAUCCCCUUUGCCAAAUAUGAAGACUUCCUGUCAUGUGGACAGCUGCUCUCCAAGGACAAGGGAGAGGGCACCCGAGAGCUGGCUAAACAGGUGAAGACCCUGCCCCAGGCAAACUACAACCUCCUCAAAUACAUAUGCAAAUUCCUCGAUGAAGUUCAGUCUCACUCCAGCGUGAACAAGAUGAGCGUCCAGAACCUCGCCACGGUGUUCGGCCCAAAUAUACUGCGGCCCAAAAUGGAAGAUCCAGUCACCAUUAUGGAAGGCACGUCGCUGGUCCAGCACUUGAUGACGGUGUUGAUAAGUGAACAUGGACAGAUCUUUGCCAUUUCGCAGGCCGAUGCGGCCGGGGCUCAGCCCGAAGCCCGCUCCGUGCUGCAGCGCAGCAUGGUGGAGUGGAUCUCCGAGGAAGACGGGGAGGACAGCAGGUCGGAGAAGAGCGUCCCCAGCCCUGCUGACUUGCCUUCUAGCAGUGCCAUGGUGCCGGACGCCGUGCCCAGCUCGCUGGUGAAAAACGCUCCUCAGGAGCACAGUAGCAAAGCCACCCAGCCUGCCACCAGCCCCAGCAAGAGGGUGCAGACGUUACCCACCUGGAAGUACUCCUUCCGGCAACAGGGGACAAGGUCUGUCAGCCCCAAGCUGGGUAGCUCAUCCUUAGACAUUCCUAAUCUAUCCUCCAGCGGGAACUGGCUGAUGAAUGGACUGUACUCUCUCCGAGGCCACCGCCGGACGUCCUCUGGGGAGCGGGUGAAAGACUCAGGUUCAUCCCAAAGACUCUCCACCUACGACAACGUCCCCUCCUCCAGCCUCUCCCUGAGUGCACACAGCAUCGCCAGCACCGCCUGGUCCACCUCGUCCUGUGAGAUCUCGGUCGUUGAUUCUGUCAGCAGCUGCCCGGCUUGCCGGGCCAGUGACUCCUCUGCUUUAAGCUCCCUCAGAACGGAAUGGGCCACUCAGGGCUCGCUGUCACAGAGCGAGGUCAAGACUAUGGACCUGGAGAACAGCAUGGAGAGGUUCGAAAUGUGCAUCAGCAGCUGCAGCGAGCAGAGUGACCUGGCGGCUGCUUCCAAAGACUCGGCCAGAUGCUCCAGGGCUCUGCAGAGCCUGGUUUCAGAGCUAAAGACAGGACUGAGCAAACAGAGGACUGAGUAUGAGUCUAGUAUCAAAAGAAUUGAAGAAACAAGCGCUGAACUGAGAAAACGAGUGACAAGAUUAGAAGAGGAGUUGGACCAGGAGCGAAAGAAAUACACGAUGCUGGAGAUCAAACUGAGGAAUUCAGAGCGUGCACGUGAAGAUGCUGAAAAGAGAAACCAGCUCCUGCAGACAGAAAUGGAAGAGUUUUUUUUGACAUUAGGAAAUUUGACUGUUGCAAGCCGGGGAGCUAAAGUGCCGAAGUAAAGGAAGCAGAAGUACACCAUCGACCGUGUUUUUUAAUUCCAGCACAAGUCAUUUUGUUCUGGGUUACUCAUGCAUCAUGAGUAAUUUUGCAGAGAGUCCCUGCUCUUAAGGAUUUUUGCUAUGUUGUUUUGUUUACAUAUGCUCUAGUAUUUGGGCUAUCAGGGAAACUGACUGCUAAAGGCAAUGCUUGAAACUGUAGACCCUAGAUUGCAAAUGGCUGGGCCUCUCUUUCCUAAUGUCAAAGGGACAACUCUGUGACUGCAGUCAUGUCACUGUCUUUGGCUUUACUGUGCCACCCUUUGCUGGUCCAGGGACAACAGUAAUGUUCCCACCACUGCUGCCAUGGCCUAAGUGAGCUGCAGGCAGGCUGGAGUGGAAGGAGCCCGCCAGUUCCUGUGGAGGAGACGAUACUGCUAGCAUGGCAGCAGGUUUAGCUCAUGUGAUGAAUCAAGUUGAACUUGGUGGGUUUUCCAUUCUUCAUGAAAUUUGUUUAAAAAUCUGCUUGGUGAAAGUUCUUAUUCCUGUUCUUUGUAUUAUUUUAUGAAGGUGUUUUGCAAAACUAGCCGACAAGCACUUUGAAGGCAUUUGAAAGUCUGACACUUCAUUAGUCACCUGAUUUCUAAUCCCCCCCCAACCCUGCCGUGCCCAAACUAUGACUCUAAAUAUUAUUAUUUGCACCAAAUGUGACUUAAUAAAAUAUGUGAUUAAUAAAUACCUUGGAGGGGCAACCCUCCCGGA